AUGUACGAGUCUUUGGUUUUGAUGCCGUUGGAAACUAAAGAUGGCAAGCCUUUACUGGCUUGCUACAUAUGUUACGCAAGGCUCGAAAACUGCUAUGAGUUGAGGAGGUGCUGUCUCCAGAGUGAGGAGCUGUUGACACUAAUGCUGAGCAGCAAUGAGUCCGACCAAGUGAAACUGCAAGGAAUAAACAGCAAGAAGAGACUCACCAUGCACAAUGUCGUACACUUGAGCAUAGGACAUGAACUGGAGAUGAAUGCAGACAAUGUUGGUGUGGAGGCUCUGAAGUGUGAAGUAAAACUUGAACCAAAUGAUUGUGAAGAUACCGACGAGGAUGCUCUAGAAGACAACAGCGUCUCUGACAUCAUACAAUCUGCAGACUCAGACGAUGGUCCUCUAAUGAUUGUGAAGAAAGAACAGUCAAGUGAUCUAAACUUGAAGAGAUUUAAAAAAGCUGUACAGAGGAAUCCAGAAGAUUUAACCUCUAGAAACUUGGAAAACCAUGAACUCAUACAUGACACAUUACAAGAACAAAGAGAGUUAUGUCUUCUUUCUGAACAUGACCUUCUCCAACAUUAG